AUGUCUAAGAGAUUGUGGAGUAAGUUCUUGCCGGAACGAUGCGCGACCUGCAGUAAGUGCUUCAUGAGACUAAGAAAGAGUAUGUUCAGGUCGAUCGUGACUCUCGUCAAGGUGACCCUUGUGUGCCUCAACCUCUGGGUGUUGGCUGUGGUUCUGGUCGUGUCUCUAGGUCACUGGCGAGUGUUUGACUCCACCGAUCCCCGAUCAGAGCUCGACAACUCUCAUCUGAUUGUGAGGCGGGAACUGAAGGAGGACAACGAUGGAAGACUAGGUGUACGUAUGAGUAACAUCUCUUUGAAUCCAGAGCUCAGUCAGGUGUUAGAGGCUCACAACCCUUUCCCAGGACAUGCCCGGGAUGUAUCAUCAGCAGAAAAAUCUUCCCACAAUAUCAACCCCGGACCUGAAUCUCCUCGCCCAUCUCAUUUGGAUCAGCACAUUCUCAACCCACCAGCUCUAGACAGUAAAGAGGCCAACUUACGCCACUUUUGCAAACAGCAACACCCACACAAGGUGGCAUACGAGCAGAUCCCCAAAGGAAAACUCAACUCUAUACUUGUGGACGAGCGCCACAAGCUCCUCUUCUGCCAGAUCCCAGGCGUUGCCAUCAACGAGUGGAGGAAAAUAAUGCUGGUUCUCAGCGGUGUAGUCAACACCACCAACAUUGAGACAAUUACCGGCGGGGAUGUUUAUGGCAAAUACGCCAAGCUGCCUAAAAGAUUAGACGAGUACAGCGACAAGCAACGAGCUGAAAUGCUGAAGAAAUAUUUUAAAGUUAUAUUUGUCCGGGACCCUCUAGAGCGCCUUGUGAUCGCCUACCGCACCAAGUUUGUCAGCAAAAGCUCCAAGUACUUCCAUCGGGCCUACGGUUCGCCCAUCAUAAAAAAAUACAGAAAGAAGGCAACAGCGGCGGAGAUCAAGGAGGGAACCAGCGUGAAGUUUUCCGAGUUUGUAAAAUUUAUUAUUGACAAUGAGCAUUCAGGGGCGGAGGCGUUAAACGAACAUUGGGAACAGUACUACAAGCAGUGUCACCCUUGUCUAGUCGAUUACGACUUUGUGGGCACAUUUGAACAGGCGGAGAAAGACACCAGAUCCGUUAUAGACAAGUUGAAAGCGUCAAAAUCUGUGAAGCCUCCUUACGUAACGGACACAAAAGCUGUGUCACAAAGUGAAUUGACUAAAAUUUACAGUGAAAUCACACCGCUUGAACUAAACAGCCUGUUCAAAAUUUACUCCCCAGACUACACGCUUUUCGGUUAUCAUUGUCCGAGCUUCGUACAUGACUUGUUAAAGAAAGGAAAAAUAUUCCAUGAUUAUUAG